GAGGUUCUCGAGGCGCGCGACGCACCAGCACGUCCCUCUCUUUCACUCAGAACUGAGAGGCGAACGAAUUAUUUUGGAAAAUAAGCCCCGCCCCGGUCAACUAGCCGCGCCCCUCAGCCGCGGAAGCGCGUUCUUCUUGCUCUCGGCCUGGACUCGCUUCUUAAAGGGACCGCAGCGGACUCGCGCAUGAGAGAGAGAGAGAGAGUGCGCGAGACAACCCGAGACAGCGCCGCGAGGCGGAGAGAGAGCGAGAGAGUGUCGCGAGGGAACUGCAGCUGCGCGAGAGACUGCAGCAGGAAAAGAGAGCGAAGCGGCAGAGGCCCGCCGCGCGGUGAGACACACCAUACUGUGUUGGGGGGAGGGUGCGAGACACCCCGUGAAGGUAUAAAACCCCUCUCCUCAUUUUUCAUGGAACCUACCAAGUUCCCUGACUCCAACAAGCCUCUGAGUGGAGACCUUCCGACUGAAAGUACACUUGGAGCAUCUGAUAUUGCAAGCAUUAACCAGCCGUCUACAGAGUCCACAAAUAUGGAGUGUGGUGAGAGUAAAGAACCUGACAGUCCGAAAGUGGAUGAGAGUGCAGAUAGCCAGCAACCAUCAGAAGUCCUGACUGAAGAAAAGGAGACAAAAACAAGCACAAAGGUCAAAGGAGACUUAAAGGGAGUGUUUAAAGAGAAACAUUCUGAGACAGAUCUUCAAACUGAUAAUUCUCCUGAAGACUCAUUGGGUAAUGAAAGCAAGGAUGAUGUGGUUUUUGUUGCAGCAAGAAUGAGUAAAAAAGCACACCUAGAACGUGCAAAGGGACGCAAGUCACAGCAUAUAGAAGAAAAUGGUGAUCCAUGCCAAAUGCCUGCUGAAGCUGGAAAGAACACAAACUGCUUACCAGAAGAUAAAGCUGCUGGUGAACCACCUGAGACACAGGCAGACCCACCACAACCCAGUCAAACUCUACCAAGGAGAAUGAGGCUGCGGCCUACACUGAAGCCUCGUACUUCUCUGCCACUCAAUGUAGACCGCAGUGUAAUCACUGAUUCAGAAACUGGUGCACAGCCUAAAGAUACAUCUAGUCCAGACCGUUCAUCUGCAAAGAAUGUGGACACGGAACCUAGCUCCAAACCCGCUUCCGAAUCUACAGGUGAAGGCCAAGAAGAAAAGGUUUCUGAACAAGAGAAAUCUGCAGUGGAGCAGAAACGCAGUGAGCGAGCACGCCGUUCUGAUACACUUAGAGCUGAGGGCUUGGCUUCCUCUGAAAGCAUGCAGAUUUCUGAUGAGGAUUCAGAUGCUAUGGUGGAUGACCCAAAUGAUGAGGACUUUGUUCCCUUUCGCUCAAAACGUCCUCCAACACGCAUGUCUUUGCGUAACCAGUUGCCUCCACGCCCACCCAAGCCAACACUCACAAAGAUGACCUGUGCUCACUGCCGCACCCCCUUGCAGAAGGGACAGACUGCAUAUCAGCGCAAAGGGCUGCCUCAACUUUUCUGCUCCUCCUCUUGUCUUACCACCUUCUCUAAAAAACCACUUUGCAAGAAGAUCUGUACUUUCUGUAAGAAGGAUAUUCGUACCUCUAAAGAUUCUGUGGUUGCCCAAACUGGAGCUGGAGGAUCAUUCCAAGAAUUUUGUUCAUCUGCCUGUCUUUCCCUCUUUGAGGCACAGCAAAGAUCUGGCUCCCACAGUUCCACAGAUGUUCCGGAUAUCAUAAAAUGCAGCAUCUGUCACAAGAGUGGGGAGAUUCAGCAUGAAGUCAGUAAUGGGAGCGUUGUUCACAGACUGUGUAGUGAUUCCUGUUUUACAAAAUUCCGAGCCACCAAAGGUCUGAAAACAAACUGCUGUGACAACUGUGGCAUUUAUAUCUACAACAAAGGUCUGCCACUAGAAUACCUAUUCCAUGAGGGACAGCAGAAACGCUUCUGUAAUGCAGCCUGUCUAAGUAACUAUAAGAAGAAAAAUACAAAGGUUUUCCCAUGUAUGUAUUGCAAGACGCUGUGUAAGAACUUUGAAAUGCUUUCCAACGUGGACAAGAAUAACCGUGUGGGUCUCUUCUGUUCAGUUUGCUGCAUUACCUCACACAAGGUCAAACAGUCUGGGCUGACAGGCCCUACUCGACCCUGCAGCCUAUGCAGACGCAGUCUCUCAGAACCGGUAUAUUACAACAAGACAGAACGAGUUCUCUACCAAUUCUGCAGUCCCAGCUGCUGGACCACCUUCCAGCGUACCAGUCCUGAGGGUGGGAUUCAUCUCAAUUGUCAUUAUUGUCACAACAUGUUUACUGGAAAACCAGAGAUCUUGGAUUGGCAGGACCAUGUGUACCAAUUCUGCUGUAAAGAUUGCUGUGAUAAUUACAAGCGACUGCACGGAGUUGUCUCUCAGUGUGAAUAUUGUAAGCAAGAGAAACUACUCCAUGAAAAGAUUCGCUUCUCUGGGGUGGAGAAGAACUUUUGUAGUGAAGGUUGUGUGCUGUUAUACAAGCAGGACUUUACCAAGAACCUUGGUCUGUGCUGCAUAACCUGUACAUACUGCUCUCAGACCUGUCAGCGUGCUGUCACUGAAGAGCUGGAUGGCAGCACUUGGGAUUUCUGCAGUGAAGAGUGCAAGAGCAAGUAUUUGCUGUGGUACUUCAAGGCAGCACGAUGUCACGCCUGCAAACGUCAGGGGAAAUUGGUGGAAACCAUUCACUGGCGUGGGGAAAUUAAACAUUUCUGCAAUCAACAGUGUCUGUUACGUUUCUACAACCAACAAAACCAGCCGAAUUUAGACACACAAAAAGGGCCGGAAAGCCUGCUUCACAGUAAAAAAGGUCAAAAUGUUGGAUCCAAAGCUCCUGCAAAUUCACAGCAAAAACCAGAUGUCGAUAGGGCUUCACCAAAAACACACUCUCCACAGACUGCCCCAGCUCCUCCUCCCCCACCUAGUCCCACUGUACCACGCAAAAACAAGGCUGCCAUGUGCAAACCAUUGAUGCAGAAUCGUGGGGUGUCAUGUCGGGUUGAAACCAAAAGCAAAGAUUGUCAAACAGAGGAGGAUUGGAGACCACAGGUCAUAGUGCUGCCUAUUCCUGUGCCCAUUUUUGUGCCAAUACCCAUGAACUUAUAUUCUCAGAAAGUGCCUGUUCCAUUCUCUAUGCCCUUCCCGGUGCCUGUACCUGUGCUGCUGCCUACCACUCUGGAGAACACUGAUAAGAUUGUGGACACAAUCGAAGAACUGAAAGUGAAAAUUCCAUCCAACCCACUAGAAGCUGAUAUUCUGGCCAUGGCUGAGAUGAUUGCAGAAGCAGAAGAGCUUGACAAGUCUUCAGAUUUGUGCGAGCUUUCCAGUGAUCAAAGUGCAGAGGGCCUUUUGGAAGAUUGUGAUAUAUUUGGAUCAACACGAGAUGAUGUACUGGCAAUGGCUGUUAAGAUGGCAAAUGUUCUGGAGGAACCUGGACAGGAUCUAGAGGCUGACUUCCCUAAAAAUUCUGCAGAUAUCAAUCAAAGUGUGGAUUUCCUGUUUGACUGUGGUCUGGUGGGUUCCGAUGAUGCUUCUGAGCAAGAGGCUUCCCGGAUUUUAAGGAAAGGUCCCAAGCGUAUGCUUCUUUCAGAAAGAGAAAGCUGUUCACGGGACUCUCUCAUCAGUCAACGGAGCAGCACAAACCUGAGCUUCACAUAUGGUGUCAAUGCCUGGAAAUCCUGGGUGCAGCGAAAGUAUGAAGGUGGUGAGCCAAGCAAAGGCGAGGAACUACGUUUUGGGCCUAAACCUAUGCGUAUAAAAGAGGACAUAUUAGCCUGCACAGCUGCAGAGCUGAACUACGGUUUAGCACAGUUUGUAAAAGAGAUAACCCGACCGAAUGGCGAGCGCUAUGAGCCAGACAGUAUAUAUUACCUGUGUCUGGGCAUCCAGCAGUAUCUCCUGGAAAAUAACCGAAUGGUGAACAUUUUCACUGACCUGUAUUAUCUGACCUUCGUUCAAGAGUUGAAUAAGAUACUGACUUCGUGGCACCGCAGCCUGACGCCCAGUAGGUUGAUUUUCUCACGUGUGGAAGAAGAACACCUGUGGGACUGUAAACAGCUGGGCGUGUACUCUCCCUAUGUGCUCCUGAACACGCUCAUGUUCUUUAAUACCAAGUUCUUUGGCCUGCGCACUGCAGAAGAUCAUAUGCAGCUGUCAUUUACCAAUGUUGUUAGACAUUCCCGCAAGUGCUCAACCAGCAGGGGACCCUCGAAAAUAGUGAGCAUCAGAUACUACCCUCCUGUACGACAGAAGAAAGGCAAAGAAAGCUUAACUAAAAGGAAGCGUGAAGAUGACCAGCCGCCAUCACUGGAACAGCACGAAAAUAAGAUGAACCCUUUACGCUGCCCUGUCAAGUUCUAUGAAUUUUACCUUUCCAAAUGCCCUGAUAAUCUUCGAAACCGUACCGAUGUAUUCUACCUGCAGCCUGAGCGUUCGUGUGUGGCCGAAUCUCCCCUGUGGUACUCUGUUAUCCCUAUGGACAAAAGCAUGCUGCAGAGUAUGCUGAGCCGUAUCUUAGCUGUGAGGGAGGUGUAUGAAGAACAACUACGAGGGGGCAAUAUUGGCGAAGACACUGACUAAAUGGAUUUGGGGGAUUGGGGAGGGUGAUGGCAAGACACAAUGGAGUUCUGUAACCUCUCCAUCCCUUUCAAUCUGAACUUGAAUACCGAUGAACAGGAUCAGGGACUUCAGUUUGGGGUCUCAUCUACUGCAGACUGGAGCACAGAAAGUGCUGGACACUCUUUACCUUCACACCUUCCUGAAAGCUUUAUGUUGCAGAAUAACUUAAAUUUGCUAUCCUCACAUCCUCUUCAUCAUUGGAGGGCAAGUGAGCGAAAGGGUGGGUUGGUGACUUGUGUUUUCAGAUUCUCUAAUGUGGGAUUGAAUCACAUGCAGUUGGACUAGGGGCCAGUAGGACCAGCAUCGUGGAGGACAAAGUAUCAUCCAAUACAUAGUAGUUUAUCCUGAUUGUAACAUACACACAUCACACCUGUGAAUGCACUUAAUGACACCAUACAUAUCUGUUCCCUGUCAGUUUUCAUUUGAUGUUUUUCUAUACAUCUACUCUAAUAGACUCCUCAAGUAAAUGAUAUAGCUUUUAACUGACCACUUCAGAAAACCUUUCAUAUGCCCCUCAGCUGACCAUGUAGAGAGCUUCUGCAGCUGGCAUAGUCGACUGAUACACACAUUCUUUCUGCCUAAUAAUAAUUAUGUGUUUACACUGUCUGCAUUGGAAUACUUUUACUUUGUGAUCGUCACUGACCAGCAGGUGUCCUUGUAUCAUUACUUUCAUUACACUUUGUUUUUGUUUCGAGAAGAGUAAAAAUAGUGCUGCUAAUUUCAGUCAUUGUGCUGGGACAACCUGAACCAUCAUCUUACAUGUCUUCAUGUCCUCAGAGGUGACCAGUCCUGUGCCCAGGCCCUUUUUGUUCUAGGUAGAAUGCACAUGUGAAAUGGUUUGGUGAUUCAGCAUUUCUGUGGAUGACACUUCUUUUCUCUUCUCAUUUUAUUUUCCAUUUUUUAACCUAUUCAAUGGUUCAGCUGCUUUUCAGAUAUGUAUAUACUGUUUUUAUGCGUGUGCUCUUGGCACCCGCCCCAUGUUCUCUCUCACUCAUGUGCCAGAUACUGGCAGUGCCCUGUUUAUAGGGAAGUUUCAUUGCAAAUAAAAUGAUUUUAAUUUC